AUGACCACCAACGACAGCAUGAAGGCCACCUUGCAGCGCUUCGACCUCUUCUUCGCCGGCGCCGAUGCGGCCAUGCAGAAGCGACUGCAGCAGGCGCUGGACGUGAUGCGCAGCGCCAUCGACAUCUUCGGUCUGGAGGGCGUGUGCUUCAGCUUCAACGGGGGGAAAGACUCGACGGUGGUGCUGCACCUGCUCCGCAUUGUGGUGGCCAAGCGCGUGCUGGAGGAGGCCGAGCAGGAGCACGCGAGGGCGCAGCACGAAGCCGAGGACGACCACAAGACGACUGUUACAUCGCCGCGGAACAGUUUCGUCUCGGUUGACUUGCUCCAAGAGGACGAGCUCGAGGCGCGUGUGCAGGCGCAACUGCAGCGCGUGCCGGUUAUGUAUUUCGACUCGCACGACCAGUUCCCAGAGGUGCGCGACUUUACGGAGCUCUGCACCAAAAAGUUUGCGCUCAGCUGCCAUGUGUACAAGUGCUCGUUCGUGGAGGGCGUCAAGGAUAUCCUCGAGAAGCUCAAGAUCAAGGGCGUGUACAUGGGCGUACGUGGCGGGGACCCGUACACGGAAGACAUGGAGCACUUCUCGCCUAGCAGCCCCGGAUGGCCCCCAUUCCUCCGUGUGAAUCCGAUUCUGAAGUGGACGUACGCUGACGUGUGGAGCUUCCUGCGCGACUGCCAGCUCGAGUACUGCUCGCUGUACGACCACGGGUACACGUCGCUAGGAAACAUUUACGACACGGUGCAGAACCCAGAGCUCUGGAGGAAGGGCGAGGACGGCAAAGAGGGAUACUACUUGCCUGCUUACGACCUCAAGGACGGCAGCUCGGAGCGGUGCGGACGGCAGAAGAAGGCGCACACGACAUCAAAGUCUGACUAA